GCUGAGACACCCUGACGUCGGAGGCGCUCGGCCCGCCGCUCCCCCGCGCCUCGCGCCCGCCCGGGGCCGCAGACGGCCAGCAGCGCAGCCCAGCCGAGCCUCGCGGGGCCGCCCCAGCCCGAGGACCCCGGGCCUGCGACCCCCGCGGCUCGCACCCCACUUUCUAGGACCCCCAGGAGGACGCGCCGCGCUCCCCGCGGCCGCCGCGCGCGAGCCUCCCGACCUCCACUCUCCAAAUCAAAGCAUCCUGCCGGAGCUUCUGAGGCGCGGUCCCCCAGCUGGGUUCGUGGAGAGUGCCUCUGGCACUACAAAAGACCCCAAUUCCUCUUCUUCCCUGCUCGAAAGUCUGGCCGGUGUCACCCACCCCCACUUGCAGGGGCAGAGAGGGAGAGAGAACAAGCGUGAGCGCCCGCCUGCCUGAGCUAGCUGGCGUUUCCAGCGGGGAGAGCCUUGUAAGCAUUCCACCCCAGUGAGGCAGUGUUCACCGCAGGGCUCUGUUGCCGGCCACCUGCCCUCCAGCCGGCUCUGGCUCCCGGGCCAGGCGAUGAUCUUUUACAAGCGUCACUAAAGGGGGCAGCUGCUUGCCUUGGCCUGGCUGGGGGUGGGGGUGGGAAGUUGGGAGGCAUCAAGGGAGAAAGCCACAUUUCCAGGCUUUCCAAGGCCUUGCCCAGCUGGAAGCCACCAGCCUGCAACUCGGAACACCCCAGGAAAACAGCCUAUUGGCACAGGCUGAGGGUGGGGAAAUAAGUUGUCAACAGGCAGCCCCCCACUCUUUGUCACUGAGCAGCCAGCCUCCUGAGACUCCCACGGAUGCUGGAACUAUUUGGGCGGGUUUGCCUUGACUUAGAGCCAAAGAAGAGACAAGGCCGGGGCGUUUCCUUGGUGACCCCCCACCCCUCUCCACCCUUCCCUGAAAAGCCAGACCUCUCUCCUGGGCCUGUGUGCUGGAGGGGUAGACAGGGGAGUGGAUGCUGUAUCUUAGCCAGAGGUACAGCCUCCUUAAAGUGAAAUUUCAGCUCCUUCCUCCUACUGGCAACCCCAGGGGUCGGAGGCUGCGGGGUGGGCAGGGUUGUUGGUGAAGUCUGAGGGGAACUUCUGUUGAGCAGAUGUGUAGCUCUGCCCUGCAGCCGGUAGUUAGCAUACAUUUGUUUUGGAGACUUUUUCUGGUCUAUGGGCAUCAAGGGUCUGUGGGGCCUGACUGUUUGCAUAGGGAUACCCAGAGCUGGGCGGUGGAGCUGCCUGGCCCUAGGAGGUAGGCCUGGAUGGCAUGAGACAGACCCUGGCUAUCAACCCACCGCACAGUUUGUUCAGGCGUCGCCCUGGAGCUGAAGGAAGGAAAGCCACCCUGUGGUGCUCCUGGGGUCAUGGAAUCCUUGUGGCCUCAAGCAGCACACUGGAGCCAGACUCUCCCCAAGGGACUCUACUAAGCCAGAUGUUCCCAGGCUAUGCCGACGUCUAUUUCACAGGUGUUCCAGGGCUCCGGAGGUGACGGGCACAAUGCUUUGGGUCCUGGUGGGGGCCGUCCUCCCUGUCAUGUUGCUGGCUGCCCCGCCACCUAUCAACAAGCUGGCCCUGUUUCCGGACAAGAGUGCCUGGUGUGAAGCCAAGAACAUCACGCAGAUUGUGGGCCACAGCGGCUGUGAGGCCAAGUCUAUCCAGAACAGGGCGUGCCUAGGACAAUGCUUCAGUUACAGCGUCCCCAACACCUUCCCGCAGUCCACAGAGUCCCUGGUGCACUGUGACUCCUGCAUGCCGGCCCAGUCCAUGUGGGAGAUUGUGACCUUGGAGUGCCCUGGCCACGAGGAGGUGCCCAGGGUGGACAAGCUGGUAGAGAAGAUUGUACACUGCAGCUGCCAGGCUUGCGGCAAGGAGCCCAGUCACGAGGGCCUGAACGUCUAUGUGCAGGGUGAAGACAGCCCGGGCUCCCAGCCUGGACCACACUCCCAUGCCCAUCCCCACCCUGGGGGCCAGACCCCUGAGCCCGAAGAGCCUCCUGGAGCCCCUCAGGUUGAGGAAGAGGGGGCUGAGGACUGAGGGCCCCCAACUCUUCCUCCCCUCUUGUUCCCUGUGGAAUGUCGGUCCCACCCUCCAGGGAAGAGGGAGGGGAUAGGCAGAAGCCCCCCUCCCCCUUUGGCACUGGAUGGACUUGGAAUGCUGCCUGGUUGUCAUGGAGAUCUGAAGGGAGGGGCUGGAGCCAAGCUGCACAAUUUAAUAUAUGCAAGAUGGGGGAGGAAGCAGACAGACAUCCGCAGGACUUUUCUUUUGGAAGGUGAAGUGUGGUCUUUCCUUUCGGCCUUCUAGAGAGAUGAGCCCCCCACCCCCACCCGGGAUAGAGAGGAAAUGGGCUGAGCUGCUGAGGAUGAGUGAGAUCCUCAAACAGGGCAGGCCCAGGCCAGGACCCACACAACUGAUGGGGGCAGGAUCCCCAGUGAUGGGUCCAGAGUGGGAAUCAAGUCCUUUGCUGAAGGACCUAUGUGGGAAGACCGCUUGCAGAGGUCGGAAGCUCCAGUCCCAUAGGUUUCCCUAACGACCUCCCUCACUCCCCAGUGCCAGGGAAGUAACCCCUUCAAUGGAGUGGCUUAGGAGUCAGGCUGGGGCAGGACCCUGCUGACUCAAGUGCCAGAGUGUCACUGAAGAAGAAAGAAGAUCCCUCCCAUCUCUCCCUCUGGAGAUCUUAGCUCUCUGCUCCCCGUGUUCUGGACCCUUUAGGGAAGUAGCUGCAGCCAGCCCUGCUGUCUUUGGGGCCGGUCUUUCUGAAAGAGGUGAUGGUCCAUCUCCAUCACCUGGGACCAUAGUGGACAGGAGGCCCCUGCAUAGGGCCCCCACUGACCUCAGCUUUCUCUAGCUCCCUAGUCUAGCCACUCCUCCUUCCCAGCUGCACUUUAACCCUAGGGCAGGGCAGGUGGCAAGGAAGGGCCCUCUGUCCCCUGAUAUGCUGGUACCAUUGUUUGUGUCCAGGGGAUGCCAGCUCACCUCCCUGGGGGUGCCCCGGCCCGUGGCUGUUCGACGAGAGCCUUAGAGCUUGUAACUAGUAGCCAUCUCCCCUGGACCCGAGUGUUUUCAUGAAUAAAUACCUUCAAUGCCUCUA